AUGAUUUUUGUAUACAAAUUACUAUUCUUUUUUACAUUAUAUAUUUCAAUAUAUUGCCGAGAAUAUCCUUUUAUAAAUACUCCUGAUCAGGAACCAUAUUAUGUGUCAGAAGGGGAACAAGAUCUUAUCUUACCAUGCUCAUUUACAGAAACUUUUAGAAGUAAAAAUUUAUAUGAACCAAAUUGGGUUCGAUUUGUAAAUGGUACACCAGAUUAUAUUACUAGAAAUGAGAAUGUCUUUGAAAGUAAUGGAGAUUAUGAUUUGUUAACUGAUAUUCCUGGACAAUAUAAUUUAAAGAUAAAAUCAGUUGACUAUUCCAGAGAUAAUGGAAAAUUUUUCUGUAAAUUAUUGUCAUUGAAAGACAAGAAACAAUAUUCUAGUAAUCCAGCACAAAUAGUUGUCUUGUUACCACCUGGUGAUGCAAUAAUAACUUCACAACCAACACGACCAGUAAAAGAAAAUGAACUUGUUACAUUUCAUUGUGAAGUUCAUGGCGGUAAUCCAGAACCUGAGAUAACUUGGUUAUUUGAUAAUUCAAGUGAAGUUCCUUCAAAGUGGUACCGAACUACAUCAAAUAAUGAAAUACAUAUUUCCUCAUUACAAUUUCCUGCCGCCGCUAAUCAUCACAAAGCAUAUCCCAUCUGUCGUGUUACUAAUAAAGCAAUGAAAAAAGGUACCUAUAAAAGUGUAAAUGGAAAACCACUUGAUGUAUUACAUGCACCAAUUGUUAAUAUUGAACCAUCAUCUAUUUAUAAUGUAGAGGAAGGAAAAAAUGUUGUUAUAACAUGUUUAGCUGAAGGUAAUCCAAUGCCAACAUCAUAUGAAUGGAGAAACCUAGCAACAGGAGAACAUUUUACUGGUGGUAAAGUUUGGUCAUUUGUAGCUGAAAAAAGUCAUAGUGGUGAAUUACAAUGUACGGCAAAAAAUUCAAUUGGUUAUGGUAGUAAAAUUGUAACAUUAAAUGUUCAAUAUCCUCCUAUUGUUGAGGUUAAAAAUUUUAUUAAUCCAUCUGAAAAUGAUGAAGUACAUCUGGAUUGUAAUGUUGACUCUAAUCCUCCUUCAACUCGUAUAAUAUGGACUGGACCAAAUAAUUUUAUUCAAGAGGGAUCAAAAUUAUUUAUUGAGAAAAUCUCAAGUGACCAAACUGGAAAUUACACCUGCACAGCUAGUAACACUUUAACUGUAACAAAUACAAUGUUUGGGUUAUCAUCUGGGGAAUCAACUCAAAGACAAGGAUCAGGUACAACAUUUAUUGAAGUAAAACGUAAACCUGGACCAGCAACUGUAAUAACACAAGCUACUAGUUAUCCUGUCGGAAGUUCUUUUAUUUUAACAUGUUCAACUAAUGAUAUUGGUAGUCCAUUUGCCAGUUAUAAAUGGGCAACACCACAAACAUUUGGUAAAUAUGUUGGGGAUAUAACAUUUAAUGAUGCUAUAUUAAAAAUUGAAAAUGCCAAAUUAUCUGAUAAUGGUAUAUAUAAAUGUGUUGCAUAUAAUAAUUUAGGUGAAGGAAUUGAGGGAAAAAUAAAAUUAACUAUUAUUUCACCACCAAAAAUAACUAAACCACUUCCAAUAACACGUCAUUUAUCAUCUGGUGAUACUAAAAUAACUUUUGAAUGCGAAGUAAUUGGAUAUCCAGCACCUUCAAUAUCAUGGUUUAUAAAUGGUAAUCCAAUAAAUACUGAUGAUAUUUUAGAACAUUAUUGGCAAGUAAAUAGUAAACUUAUUAAACGUGAACCAUCUGAUUGUAAUUUUUGUCCAUCAAUAGUACAAAGUAGUUUAUCAUUAAAUCAUAUAAUUUCAUGGACAGAUAAAGGUAAUUAUUCAUGUAUUGCAAAAAAUGGUCCUGAUGAAAUAUCAAAAGAAGUAUUAAGUAAUUCUAUUGUAACUGUUCAACAUCCAUCAAAAAUUGUUAGUAAAAAAUAUCCAAUUCAUGGAUUUGCUGGAGCAAAUAUUAAUGAACCAGGAAUAAUAUCAUGUAUUGUAUCAGCAAGACCAGAACCAAGAUUUUUAUGGUAUAAAAAUGGUGAAGAACUUAAAAAUGGUAUGUCAACAAAAUAUACAAUUAAAACAACACAAUUACCAAGAAAAAUAGAUGAAUAUGAAUCAUUACUUACAAUAAAAAAUGUUUCUGAAGUUGAUUAUGGUGAAUAUACAUGUAAAACAAAUAAUGGAAGAAAUAUUGAUGAACAGGCAUCAUAUACAAUUAUAUUAAAGAAAAAAACAGUACCACAACCACCAACAGAUGUACAAAUAUUAUCUUCAUCAUCUAAUUCAUUACUUAUUGGUUGGUUACCAGGUUAUGAUGGUGGUGAAAAACAAAAAUUUAAUUUACAAUAUAUAAGAAUUGAUCCAAAAACUAAAAAUAAAAUAUCUCAUCCUGUUAUAAUUCAAAUUAAUCCUGAUAAUGUUGAAAUGAUGGAUUUUUAUGCUAUUGAUGAUACAAAUAUUUUUCCUGGAUUAAGAAUUAAACGUGAUACAGAUAAUAUUUCAAAUAAAAAAAUAAAAAUUGUUAGUUAUAUGGUAUAUAAUAUAACUAAUUUAUUACCUAUGUCAACAUAUAUGAUUGGUGUUAGAUCAGAAAAUAUAUUUGGUCAAUCAGAUUGGAGUUCAAUGAAUCAUGGUGAAACUCAUGAAACAACUAUAACUUCUCUUAAUUUUCAUAUACAAAGUAUGAAAUAUAUAGAAGAAGAAGAAAAAUUAAUUAUACAGACAACACCAAUUAAAUCACCACAAAAUUAUUGUAUAAUGCUUUAUAUAAAUGAUGAAAGUAGUUUCAAUAUCUCAGAUCCUAAAUCGCAAUAUUCACAUUCUUGGCAUACAAUUAAUUGUUUCCCAUUAGAAGAAACAAUACCCAAUAUACCACCAUCACGUUAUUUUAGGACAAGAAUAUGUUCUAAAGAAAAUUUAAGUUUAUGUUCACCUAGUUCUGCUGUUUUAAUAUCAAAAAAUCAAAAAACAUUUGAAAUAUUAAUUAUUAUUCUUGGAAUACUUGUAGUUUUAUGUUGUGGAGUAGGAUUUGUUGGUUUUUGUUGUACAUGUAUUGGAAGAAAUAAGAUGCCAAAAAUUAAAUCAGAUCAUGUACUAAAGAAAAAAUCUCAAUUAGUAAAUAGUCAUAGAACAUCAAAUUCAACGGAAGAAGAAAUUAUGUCAAAAAUGAAAUCUGGUAGUACAUUAGAACCAUCUUUUACACCAUUAUCUUCAACACCUGAUUCAAAAGUUCAAUCAUUAGAUAUUCAUGAAAUUGUAAAACAUUAUGAUAAUUCAUAUCAUAGUAAUCAAACGGUGGAACAACCUCAGUAUGUUAUGCUUCCAUCACCAUCUCCUUUAAUUGAAUCAGAAUACCAAUUAGGAUACACACGUUUAAUAGAUGACUACCUAAAUUCGCAAAAUAUAGCAAGAGCACCUACUACAGGAUCAACAGAUUCACAAAAAAUGAAUAUUAUAGCUCAUUCUCCAACAGAAUCGACUGAUGAAACUGAUGGUGCAUCAUAUUCCACAAAUGGAGGUUCACAACGGGUGAUGAGAGAAAUUAUCGUUUAA